CCGGACCGCAUGUGGUAGUACGAUAAUGCGCUGUUGUCAAAGCUCUCAACGGCAAGAGCAUGACUGCGCCUUCACUCCCGGUUGACAUCUGGCUGAUCAUACAGCUCGCUCAAGGAACUAUCGGCAAGCAACGAACUUACAAUCCAGAUGUUGCUGCCACAGCUAGUAGGGCACAGGCAGCAAUGCACUUUCACGACCACUGGAACAGCAACUCAAAGCGUGUGCGGCGCAAGCGGCUGCAGCCCUGGUUAGCUGACAAUAAGCACCGUAUGACGCCUGAAGACCGCUUGAAGGCCGAAGAUAGAGUGGGGCGCACCAAAGAUCUGGUAAGACGUAUUUUGCGGCAUGAGAAACUUUGUGAGCUCACACUCACCGAUUUCACGCGAGAGAUGGGAGGAGUUGUGUCCGAGAAAUGCGCAGAAGAUCUACCCUACCUUUUGCAAUGGCCGUGGGGCCAUGAUGAUAUGUACGCAACACCGAUAAGACCUUUGCAGCUCAGGUGUCGUUCGAAAGGAUGUUCUACGAUGUGACUGAUAGACCUUGAUACUCAAUAACA